UUUAUCGGAGAGGACUAGAGGUGACUAGAGGAGCGAAGGAUGAAGGCGUUCUUAACAAUUCCUAACACAAUAUUACAUAAUUAUUCGAACGACUCUUCGAUUUUUUUGUAUUAAAAUUCUUGUGACAAUCCUGUGAUCUUUGUAUUGCGAGGUCUAUAUCGGAGUAGAAUAAAAUGACAUGAAAUUUUGCGGUGCUGCACACAAGUAAUCUUUACACAACAAGAAAAUUGAAUCGCAUCUCUCGUCCUCGACAUGGAGUCGGAGAAAGUCAACAAUUUCGCUUUGAACGCAAGUACAAUAUUAAAAGCGUGUGCCACGACGAGCAACGAAGCCGAGAGAUUACGAAGCCUCCAGGAGAACUCCAAGCACUCCAUGUUGACGAUCGGGGCGUUUUUCGAUUUCAUGAGGACCGCGUACCAGGUUAAUGACAGCUGCGAGGGCCUGGCCACGAUACUCAGCGCCAACAGCGAGAUUGACUGGCACGAGUUGGCGAAAAUUAACUUAAACCUGGAAACGCGCGGGGACAAUACCAGACCCGUCGUCGGUGACGACUGCAGUCCCGAGAACGCUCAAGAACAGCGGAAUGAGAAUGACAAUCCCGUACACGCAUUACUGACGCGAACGCAAAGUAACAAGGAGGCGAGCGCGUGUACGUCGAAAAGCGCGGUAGGCUCGCAAUCUUUUACGGUAUCCUGUGACAGCAAUGCAGCUUCUGACACGUGCAACGAAAACGGCUCUUCGAAGGAAUUUACAAGUACGGAGAGUUCCUCGAAACGUCUGGAGAUGGAAGAUGGUGUUAAAGAAACAAAUCAAUUAUCAGGCGAUCAGGUUCAAAACGAAAAGGGAAAGAUAUCGCAGACCAAGGAAUACUUGGAAGAAAGUGAAGGUGGUCUAGCAAAAGUUGUGAAGGAGCAUCUGAGAGACAUUUUGCACGAGGGAUUGCUGGACUCUGUUUUGCCGUACAUGGUUCCAAAGUCCGCCCUGUCACAGCCGAUUAUUAAAAAGCCCGCUGCAGACGUUAAAAAGAGUUUUUCUUCGAAUAAUGUAAUCGAAAAUAAGGCUUCAACUCAUAAAGAGAGGGACAAGGAGAAGAACAAGAUGAACAGGAAAUUGUCGGAGAACGAAGUGGAAAUCCAUGUAUGUGAUGAGGAUAAAAAUAUCAGGAAGAACUUUCGAUGUCCACAGAAACUUCUCAUACAAAAGAUGUGUUAUUUUGCCGAUGUCACAGCGGGGCAGAAACUUGACGAAAUCGAUAUAUCGGUGCACUGCGACGUGGUUAUUUUCGACUGGCUGAUGAGAUGGGUAAAGAAGGACAUCAUAAAGAAGUCGGAGUGGCCAGUUUUGGAGGCGAACAAUGUCAUUCCAAUAAUGGUGUCUGCCUGUUUCCUACAAAUGGAACCACUCUUAGAAACUUGUCUUCAAUAUUGUCACGACAAUAUGUCAGAUAUCUUGAAGACGUCAACAAUUUUGACAUGUCUGGAUGAUAAUCUUCUUACGAGACUGGCUGAAUUGUUUACUAACGAAGAUGUUGAGAUGCUAAAAGAUAAGAAAGAUAAAAUUCAGAGUCGUUUGUUCUGUAAGUUAAUCUUGUCUCUAGUGGAGGCUACUCCAGAUAAUAAAAAGGGACACUAUAGCUCAUUGGCUAUGAUGUUUAGAUGUGGAAAGUGUGGCAAGAAUGUCAUACAAUCGAUUUCUGAUCUUGUGCCUUGUGUUCCAAGUGCAAUGAAAAUUAAUAACAAGGGUGCUGUUCACAGCAAGCACGUCAGAGAUUUGACUUGGACGUUGAACGAUUAUGUCGUUGCCUUGCGAUCGGAGUUGCGUUCUUGGCGCAAAGUGUAUUGGAGAUUGUGGGGAGACUGCCAUUUUCUAUUUUGUCGACAAUGCAAUGUGUACUUUCCAAUCCAUCAGAUCGAUUGGUGCUGCUAUCACCCGGAAUCUGCGCAAUUUUUCGUAAAUGACCAACAAAGGCCUACGCCAUUUCCACUAGGAAGAUAUCCGUGUUGUAGUCAAUCUGCUUACAGAUUUGAAGUGUUAUCCAAUCCAAGUGGAUGCAAAUACAAAGAGCAUACACCAGAUAUAAAAGGCGAGAAGGAAUUAAGUAUUUUAAAUAUUUUGAAGGCGCAUAGAGAAGUAAUAACUUCGGAAGCGCCCCACCUCCUGUUUCCCGAAAAAAUCACACGGUUAAUAACACGCGAUCCAUCUCUUCGUUCAGGUAAAUUGGUGUGCAAAGAUACAAUGUGGUGGAACGGCAUAGAACUUAUGCCCCAACGACCGAAACUUGGUUUACUCGGAAAAAUUUGGGGAGGUUCUGGACUUCGUCGACUGCUCCAGGCGCAAGAUUCGCAAAAGUCUUUACAUAAACUUUAUCGACGGAUUUCUACAACCACCGACGUUUCAUCUCCCACGGAUUCGAUUACGGACGAGGACGAUGAAGACGAUGGCGGAACCGUAUACGAGGACAGCAGCGUAGACGACGAAUCUUACUAUAGUGAAGAAUCCAAUACGUUAUGCGCUUUGAAAUCGAUAGCUAAAGCAAAGCAUCAAAAUAGUCACAAAAGCAACGGUAGAUGUUGGAGCGGGAAUUUGAAUAUAAGACAUAAUCAAGAUAAUCAGAGAGAUUUUGAGGAAAGAGCCGCGGCGCAGAUGAUAGCUCUUCUGACGAAAAGAACAGUCACCGAAAACUCGCUUUCGAAAUUGAAUAACAAACAGAGCUGUAAAACUAAACAGCCUGUUGGUGGAACGUAUAUAAAACUAGAAGCCGAGUUUCGCGAACGAUUGGCCCAGUCUUGUAAAUACAAGAAUCCUCUAGUAGGAAAGAUUCGUAUCAAAAAUAAAUAAAUCUUGAUUUAUACAUAGAAAAUA